AUGGUCAUCACGAACACCCUGGGCGCGAAUGAGGUCGAAUUCGAUUUCGUGAUUGUCGGUGGCGGCACGGCUGGCUGUGUUAUCGCGUCUAGACUCGCAGAGGAGCUCCCCAACAAGCGAAUCAUUGUUAUCGAAGCUGGUCCCAGCGACUGGCAGGACGAGAACAUCCUGCAACUCAAGAAUCUGCUCAACCUGCUAGGUGGCGAUUAUGACUAUAAUUACACUUUGACGGAACAAGAGUUUGGCAACAGUCACAUUGUUCACUCGCGCGCGAAGGUCCUUGGCGGUUGCUCGAGCCACAACGGCGGAAUCGCAAUGCACCCUUGGGAAUACGAUUGCAAAAAAUGGGCCGAAGCAGGUGUUGAAGGUUGGUCCUUCGAGACCUUAUCACGGCUUGUCAAGAAACUGCGAAACACCAUCAAUCAGAUUCCAGACGGCCAGCGCAAACCCCUUGUCGACGACUGGAUCGAGUCCGCCUCAAAGGCGCUGAGCAUUCCUGUGACUAAAGACUUCAACUCGGAAGUUCUGUCACCUGACAGAAUGACCGCCGGUGCUGUUGGAUAUCUGCCAGUCACUUACGACCCCGACAAUGGCCAUAGGUCCAGCGCGAGUGUGGCAUACAUCCAUCCGAUUAUCAAAGGAGACGAGAAGCGACCUAACUUGAAGAUCCUGACCAAUGCGUGGGCCAACAAGAUCAAUGUCGUGAAGGAUACUGCUGCUGGAGUUGAUGUUACACUGCAGUCAGGGCAGCGAAUCACCAUCUCCGCGAAGGGCGAGACGAUCCUCUGCGCUGGCAGCAUCGAUACGCCCAGACUCAUGCUCUUAUCAGGCCUCGGACCCAGGAAGGACCUGGAAAUUGUGGACAUCCCCGUGGUGAGAGAUAUUCCCGGCGUGGGCGAGAACCUCAUGGACCACCCGGAGACGAUCAUCGCCUGGGAGAUGAAUGAGCAGAUCCCCCCGCAGACAGCGAUGCAUUCCGAUGCCGCCGUUCUUGUCCGCCGCGAGCCGGCAAACGCUGCAGGGGACGACGGCACGUUGCCCGAUAUGAUGAUGCACAUCUUUACUGUUCCUUUUGACACCAAUCUGAAGCGGCUGGGGUACACUUCAGAGCAGCCGAAGACGCCGUUCAGCGUCGCCCCUAACAUUCCGCGGUCUCGAUCGCGAGAGGGCUACGAUGGGGCGUCCGUUGUGUGGGGGUUGAAGGCUGCACGGAAGAUUGCGGACGAGUCGCCAUUUAAGGGGUGGAUCAAGCGGGAGUUUGCGCCUGGCCCGGCUAUUCAGAGCGACAACGAACUUUCGGAGUAUGGUCGAAAGGCGGGAAACACGGUUUUCCACCCGUGUGGCACGACCAAGAUGGGAAACAUUCAAACGGAUCCACUGGCAGUAGUUGAUUCGGAGCUCAGGGUCAAGGGCAUCAAGAAGUUCCGGAUUGCAGAUGCGGGAGUCUUCCCGCUUAUUCCCACGGUUAAUCUCAUGUUGACGGUUCUGGCUGUGGGGGAGAGAGCGGCGGAGAUGAUCGUGGCGGAUGCCAUCAUGCAAACUGGAGAAGUUCUUCAUGAUUCACGCUUGUAA